GUCUCGUGUGCUGUGUGAUGUGUCCGUUUUGUUAGAAGAAAAUAAAAGUCUCCCUUAAUGACGUUCAGUUAAUGUGUUUGAUUAUUUGAUUAUCACUGAUAACGUGUCCGAUAAUGAUAAAAACAAUAAGUAACAAAUCGUACACCAUGGAGAGUUAAUUUAACUCAUUCAAGUCUGUUUAAUUUAUGAUUAUUUAUCACCUUUGUAGCCUCUAUCGCCACAUUUUUAGACCUAACCUCAAAAAAUUGAAAAUGAGCCACAGCACACGAGAAGUCCCCUGGGGGAUCCAACUGUUACAAAAAAUAACAGAUAAGUGUUGCCCACGUCUGCAUUUCAAUAGAGAAUUAUGCUACCGAGCCAGUAUUGUCUUCCUAACCUAUGUAGCUUACAUGUCUUACCAUUUAUCAAGAAAACCAAUUUCCGUCGUAAAGACAGUCCUGCACCAAAACUGCAGUGGCAUGACGCCGCCCCCUGACAUAGACCCGAGCAACAGAGGGACGUGGUGCGACUGGGCCCCAUUUAAUGGAACGGACUCAAAUGCAUCUCAACUGCUGGGCGAAUUGGAUUCGUCUUUCUUGUUCAGUUACGCAGUUGCUAUGUUUAUUUCGGGGUUCAUCGCCGAGCGAUUCAACCUGAGAUACUUUUUGAGCUUGGGGAUGUUGUUGUCGGGGAUUUUCAGCUACAUGUUUGGAAUCGCAAAGAGUUAUAAUAUUCACAAUUUGUGGUAUUACGUAAUCGUGCAGGGUCUGGCUGGAGUGGCUCAGACGAGCGGUUGGCCGGGAGUCGUUACCGUAAUGAGCAACUGGUUCGGAAAGAAAAAACGCGGAUUGAUUUUUGGUUUGUGGAACUCGCACACAAGUAUAGGAAAUAUUCUAGGUUCGUUGAUAGCAGCAGAGUACGUGGAAACUGAUUGGUCGCUCUCGUUUAUAAUGCCGGGUUUGAUAAUCGGCAUUGUUGGAUUCGUAGUAUUCCUAUUUUUGGUGGUGAAUCCUGGUGAUGUAGGCUGCACCAUCAGCGGUCCCGAGGAAAGGCAGCAGAAUGGGCGAACGUACCGAAAGCUUCAAAAUCGCGUCGCCAACGUGGACAACUCCUCCAAUGUCAGUUCUGAAACCGACGACACAGACAUCAUCCUUGGAGAAGAGGCCACCAAUACACACAAUGUUCAAUACAUGUCCUCCGACGACUUUGAAGUCCAGAGGAGGUUGACCGAAAGAACGCGACUGCUGAGAGGCAACGCUCCCGAGAGCACCGAAAGGGCGAUUGGAUUUCUUGGAGCUUUGAAAAUUCCAGGAGUUGUAGAGUUUUCUCUGUCGCUGUUCUUUUCAAAACUUGUUAGUUACACGUUUUUGUAUUGGCUACCUCUGUACAUCAGCCACUCUAACCAGGCCAUGGGCGCCACUUUGAGUGCCGACUUAUCAACACUCUUUGAUGUUGGGGGAAUAAUAGGAGCAAUCGCCGCCGGCGUCAUCAGUGACCAUAGCGGUAUGUCGGCAACGACAUGCGUCGGUAUGUUGGCCGUCGCCGCCCCUAUGAUGUUCAUUUAUGAAAGAUACAGUGCUUACAAUUUGGCUGUGAACAUGAUACUCCUCAUAAUUGUCGGAAUAUUGGUGAAUGGUCCAUAUGCUUUGAUAACCACAGCCGUUUCGGCCGAAUUGGGUACGCACUCGAGUUUAGAAGGAAAUUCUAAAGCUUUGGCGACGGUUACUGCCAUUAUUGAUGGGACAGGAUCCAUUGGAGCUGCAGUUGGACCUUUGCUGGCAGGUUUCGUUUCCAGUUACGGCUGGAAUAAUGUUUUUAUAAUGUUGAUGAUUUCCGAUGUGUUGGCCCUCGUUCUACUCUUACGAUUAUUCAAGCACGAGAUCCGGAAGUACCGAAGUUCACGAAGACAGAUCAGAAUUGAAUAACGUUAAAUAUCGCUGGCGCAUAUUAUUCCUGCUCGUGACGUAUUAUCUUAUCAAACCAUAGUCUAAGAAUUGCGAUAAUCGUGUCGCAUUGAUUAGACGAAUCAAUUUUAAUGUGAUAUUGUUUUAUUAUACUGGAGGAUAUAAUGUGUUACAGCUUUAAAAAAUUUUUUUUUAUUUAUGUUGUUACCGUGUACAGGAUGUUAUGGCGCUAAAAUGAAUUGUUUACAUUCCUAACAUGUUA